CUGGCCCAGCAAUGUCUGCUGCCAUCAAGUCACUCACUGAUGAGUCGAAAUUCUCGUCGGUUUCUUUUCUCGUGCGAGAGAGUGCAGGGCAGGAGCAUGCGUGCUUGUACGCCGUCCGUACUGCCAGCACAAUACUGUCAUGUGCGGCAAGUCAGGAACCCUGGCCCGUCCACCAGGCCGCUGUUGCAGAAUAAGAUGCCAAGACUAGGAUCAAGACAGGGACCAGGAGAGGACAUGAUUACACAUGCACCGGUCCUGCAGGAGGUUGUUAGCCCCUACCGGCUACUCGGCGCAAAACAUGGGCCAUCAACCCCGGGUCCACCACGGAUCGCCCUCGUAGGUUGCCCCCCAAGCGUCAGUCAGCAGUGCCACAGCAACCAGACAAUCGCGCAGCCCAGACACGCCCAGGCAGCCCAAGUGACCAGAGCCUUCCCAUUCCACCACUCAACCCUGAAUAUCUCCCCACCGAAACCGAAGCAAACCAGACCUGGCCCCGGCACGUCCUCGCCUGAGUGGCCACACAGCCCAGGCAGCGGCCCUCUUCUCCAGUCGCCCAGUCGCCCAGUCGCCAGUCGCCAGUCGCCCGGCAUUCCCUCGCACACUCACUCACUCUCUCGCCACCUCACUCGCUCAUCCGACCCACUGGCACCUGCAGCCCUCUUGGCUGACCCAUGUUUGUCCCUCAUGCUGUGGGCACCACCGACCCAGCCGUGCCAGCCCACCUGCCACCCUGCCACCCUGCUCGGCACCUCACCCAUGCCGCAGCCAGGUCUCCGCGUACCUGCGUACCUAUGGACCCUGGAAUAGUCCAGUGCUCCAGUGGUCGUGUCUACGGAGUACGUACCUACUUAGACGGAUACGGAGUACACAGUACUGUAUGACGGAUUGCACCUGGCCUGGUCCGGCCCUGGUGUUGGUGAUGGCCGCUUCCCCUUAAUAAACUGGCCCGCCCUUUCCCAAGGCCCAUCCAUCGUGGCCCUCUCUUUCCUCCACAUCGCUCAUCACUUCCUAUAGCACGCACUUCUUCUGUGCUGAAACAUUUUUUAUUUUUUCCUUGCUUGGGUUUCUCCAUCCGUUCACACGCUCGCUAUCGCUCCCAUAUACAAAUUCGGCUUCCUGCCACUUUCCUGGCCUCGCAUCUGCCUCUGUCUCACUCAGACCAGACCCUCGCCAUAAACAAUAACAGAGUUAUAAUACUUGUGCUCUGAACACUCGCUUCUCUCUCGCUCAAGCUCGCCUACCCACCUAGCUUCUCACCACAAGCCAGAACCAGCCGGCAAAAUGUUCUCCAGGUUGGCUUCCACCGCGGCUGUGAUGCUCGCCGCAUCCACCCUCACCAGCGCCCAGACCUUCAGCGCUUGCAACCCUACCAAGAAGGAUGGCUGCCCGGCCGACCCUGCUAUCGGCAAAGAGGUGACCAUCGACUUCACUAAGGGUGAAAAUGACUUCUUCACCCCUGCCAUUGGCACCACUGUGAAGUACGACCCAGCUCUCGGUGCUGUCUUCGCCAUCAACAAGGAGACCGACGCCCCCACCUUCACCUCCACUGGCUACAUCUUCUUCGGCCGUGUUGACGUUGUCGCUCGCGCCUCCGUCGGCACUGGCGUUGUUACUUCCUUCGUCCUGCAGUCGGACGAUCUCGACGAGAUCGACUGGGAGUGGCUCGGUGGUGAUGACACCCAGGUCCAGACCAACUACUUCAGCAAGGGUGACACGACCACCUACGACCGCGGUGGUUUCUCCGGCGUCGGAAACCCCCAGUCCGAGUUCCACACCUACACGAUCGACUGGACGGCCGAGAAGCUUGACUGGAUCAUCGAUGGCACCGUCGUCAGGACCCUGAAGUACGCCGACGCCAAGGGAGGUGCUAGCUACCCUCAGACCCCUAUGCAGAUCAAGCUCGGAACCUGGGUCGCUGGCCGCAAGGACGCCCCCGAGGGUACCGUCCAGUGGGCCGGUGGAUACACCGACUUCUCCAAGGCUCCCUUCAACGGCUACUACAAGAGCGUCACUGUUAAGGACUACAUGAACGGUGCCAAGAGCGCUGGCUCGUACGUCUACGGCGACCGCACCGGCACCUACGAGUCCAUCAAGAUCGAGCAGGGCGAUGGCAAGAGCAGCGGUGCUCAGAGCUCCUCCGUCAAGUCAUCCGCCACCAGCAGCGGCGCCUCCACCCUCGCCACCGUCACCAGCUCCGCCGGCCUGACCGCCUCCGUGACCCAGGGUAUUACCCUGGCCACCGGCGAGCCCAGCAACAACAGCUCCGACUCUGACUCCUCUGACGCCUCCACCCCCACCAGCUCCAGCUCCGGCUCCAGCUCCGGCUCGUCCUCCUCCGAGAGCGCCCCCAGCUCGAGCGUCGUUACUGCCGGCGCCAGCAGCAAGGCCGGCAUCAACCUCGCCUUCCUGGGUACCGCUAUGUUCGCUCUGCUCUCCCUGUAGGACAAGAAGGAUGAUUCCGAACUGGCACGAGCCGACUAAUAUUUUUUUCUUCACACCACUUUCCUUUUUAACAAACGGGAUGAAGAGCCGGGCAUCGACUGCCCUGGCCCUUCGGACCUUUUUCACCUGCUAUACAACUUUGUAACCAGUCGGCUCUGUGUGCACGGGCAGAUAUCGAACCACUUGUUUUACCCGAGGGUUGGUGCGAAGGAACACGGGUGGUUCUGACGUUUUUGACGGACGAGCGAACGAUGGCAUACGGACAAAGACAGACGGUCCACGCUGCAACAUGAUACCAAAUUUUGAUUGCCUGAUUCAUUUUUGAGGAAGCAUUGUUAUUUUGAGAGACUACAAACUUCUUGGAAAGGGACCAUCGGCGGAGGAUGGUCCGGAGGCGGCGUUACCAACAAGCCUGCAGAGGUUACCGGGACGUCGCUUGGUGCGAGGAGGCGGGCAUAGAUAGAUCCAGUCACAACAGACAGUAAGAAAAGAUGAGAACCGAAUGGCAGAAAUUAGAUGCACACCCUUUGAUGGUGGCACAUAUCAGAAACAGUCUCUUCCUAUUUUCCGUUCUCUGUCGUUUUUUUGCGAGGUGUCUUGCACGUGUUAUGAAUCACGUCUCUGGUCAGCCGGUGUAUAGGAGACAACGUUUCUGCUGUCAUACUCUGCCGCACCAAGAGACCGUUGCACUUGCAUAUUGUGUCUUCAUUCUGCCUCAUUUCGAUUUUCCUAGGCGCCCAGGGCGCCCAGAGGCAGAAGAAUGAUCCCAAGACCCUUUUUCCUCGUUGGGGGGAGGGCCUGGAGGGGGGACUCGGUGUUGGCGCCUGCCAUUUCCGGGCUAGGUUGGUUUGGCUGCGAGGCGAGCGGCUCCGCCAACGUGCGUGGUUGUACAGUACAUGUAAUAGGGUGGAUGGUAUGAUAUGAUAUGCGCGGGAACGGGAGGGGACAGGACCCCCCUUGUCCAGCUGCAGCUGCUGGCGCUACUGUAAGGUACCGACGUGUCCGAUGGGGCCAUUCAUUUGUUUAUUUGUUCAUUUGUUCGAUGGGGUGAUCUUCCGGUUCUCACUCUCUAUUGGUCCCAAUCUUAAUUUUUUUUCCUGUUGUUUCUGUGCCCCUCCACCUCAUCCUUCCAGCUCCAUGGGUGACGUGAUGUGGAAUCGAUUUUGAUUUAUUUUUUUUGUAUUCUUUCUCUUCUUCUUCGAGACAUGGAUUGAACGUACUGGGCUAAAAGGACAGAGGAUCAGACUGCAUGCGUGUUUAAGAUGAGGCGAGGCCGGGGCCCCGCCCGGCCAUCCAUCCGGCCGUGCCCUCGUGCCUGGAACCGGAAGGAUCAUUGAGGGGCUGAGUGGCUUGCUUUUGGCCUGGGCCGUCUUAUGAGUUUUAAGAUGAGCCGGGCCGCCGGGCCCAAACCUAAAGUAAAGUACUUAGUUACAGUGUAGUGUAGUGUAUAUACUCCGUACCGGGGGCAGAGCAAGGAGGUAUUGUGGUGGGGCGGGUGAUAGAUUUCUUGAUUUUAUUUUAGGCUGACAUCAACAGGGGACAUGGCACGCCAGACUCUCCUUGGGUUUUUGGCCGCGGGGGCGAUUUCGUCGUGGGUUGUGGUUGUUGUGUUGCGGCACUGCGUGUCUGUCACUCGGGCAUUUUCACGCCAGCCAGCCUUCUUAACUUUUUUUCCUGCGUUGUGACGAUACGGACUGUGAGGUUGCAUAUGUGGAUGCCACUUG